UUUAGCUUGCCAUAUCUACAAGCUGCGCUGUUUGCUACUACUUUAGAAGACACUAUUACUGAAAUGCGCAUACUUGUUGAGUGUAACAACGAAAUAAGAGUUACUAAGACAAUGACAGAUAUGCCACUUCUCCUUUCCUUAAAAUUCCAAAUUGCUCAACCAGAAGUAAAUGAUGAAUUGGAAAAUAUUGAUCAACAAAAUUUAAACUGCAAUGAAUACAAACUUUGCAAACUUGAUAGUGAUAGAAAGUUAUUAAUCAACGCAGUCACGGCUACGUAUAUAGAUUUAAUAGAGACGAAAACUUUUAAUGCUUUAAAAAAUCAUGUUGAAGCGAUAUUAAAUCUAGAUAAUUACCGACUACAGUUAUCUGAUGAAGAAACAAAAAAUAAGACUUUCCGUCGAGAAAUAAACAAGCAAGUGAGACAGCAACAUAAUCAUAUCAAGUCGGUUAUUUACGAUGCUAAUGCUACAAUUGACAAUCUUAGAAGUGAAGUUGAAGAUGCAAAUCUUAAUGCUGAAAUUCGAAGUCGUUACGUAGAACACUGGCAACUAGCUCGCACAGAACAAAAUAAUCAGACAAUACAUGAUAAAGAAAUUUUACCAAUAAGCGUAAUUGAGUACUUCAAGCAAAGAGCCGAUAACGAGCAAAGAGUUCACUCUGAAGUGGAACUUUUAAUUAACAUUUCUAUUAACGAAACUCUUGAAAAAGUGGAUAACUGGAUGAAUAAAUAUGACAAAGAUAUGGAAAAUAUAGAUUUAAAAAUACAAAUAAAGAAAAAUGAUUAUCAAAACAUGCUAGACAAGCGUAUUCACUUAGAAGAAACGCUUGAAAAACAUGAUACUUUGAUCAAAGAUUGGAUACAUUUCAAAGAAGAACGCGAAAAGGCUCGUCUAUAUAGAGAGAAGAUGACUACAUCCGCCAUAAUAGUCCAAGCUUGGUGGCGAGGAUUAUUAGUUCGCCGUCAACUCGGUCCAUAUAAAGUUCCAAAAAAGAAAGGAGGUGCUAAAAAAAAAUAAUUCUCUUUAAUUACAUAAUGAUUAUAUUAUUAUAUGUUUGUAGAAUAUUAUUAAAUUUUU